UUGAUUUCUGAAAACGAAGAUAGCCUUAGCUGUGGUAGCUUCUGGUUGGAUAACGAAAAAACACCCCAGAUCAUUAGGCUUGUUCUUUUUGGAUGAACUUUUGCACCAGUUCAUCUUUCUUCCUGCUCUUUCCUUCUGGAGAAAAAAGGAAGAAAGAUAAACUGGUGCAAAAAUUCAGUCAAAAAGAACGGGCCUAUUGACUCGUCAGGUCGAAUCAGUAAAUCGAAUACAUUAUAAAUACAAUAUAUGGAUAAGUUUCGUUAAUGAAUAUAUAUUUAUCAUUUUCUAAUCACGCGAAUUAAUAAUUAUCGAAUUUAAAAUAAUUCAUAAUCUCUGAGUUGCAUCACUGCCAAUCAUUGCUUGUUUUUUUAAUAAUUUCUUUGUAAGUGCAGAGUCCAAUAUAACUGUUGUUAGCUCGUGAUAAUGGAAAGCGAUCGUGAAAGAUAUGUAGUUAUGACAAAUGAAAAACACGUAAAAGAGCGACAAGAUAUUUGCUUGAGAUAUUAAUUUUUAUACAAUUUGUGAAUUAAAAUAAGAUUCUUUCGUUUGAAAGAAAUUAUGGAUAUCUUUGUAAAGUUGAACGAGCAAACGGCAGGGAGAGAUAAACUAAUAAGAUUGCUUCAAUAUGGAAGUCGAGCGUACUGGUACUAUGCACAAAAUGUGCACAGCACAAGAUACUCUGCAGAAAUUUUGAGAAGUUUGGAGUUCACUUUUAGCUCAUUUCGAAAAUUACUGCGCUUUGGAAGAUGCUUAGAUAGCAUCUAUUCUGCUUUAAAAAUGAUAAAGUAUCCUGAUCCUAUGGUGAGAAUAACAUUAACCAUGGCAAAGAUGGCAAAUGCUUUAUACUUACUAGCAGAUCAUUUUAUUUGGAUUGGCAGAGUAGGAAUUUUACGAGUUGAUUUAGAAAAAUGGAAUAAAAUUGCUAAUAAGUAUUGGUUAUUAACUAUUGUUAUGAGUUUAAUAAGAGAUAUUUAUGAGAUUAUCAAGAUUUUGGAACACAAGAAGAAUGUAUUUAAACAAUAUUAUAUAUUAUCUUGUCUAAAAAAUCACAAGGAAGUAACGAUGGAUACUGUUAAAAAUGGAUGUGAUUUAUUUAUUCCAUUGACAGCAUUAGGCGUCACAAAAUGUACUCCAGGUACAGUAGGUUUACUUGGAAUAAUUUCUUCAUUAAUUGGUUUAUAUACAAUUAUCGAUCCACUUUAUAAAUUGUCUCCUUAGGAUAAGACGUUUUGUAAACUUCUAUACUUUUAUACAUGUAAGAUAUAUUCGUUGUAUUAUUCAUUUAUGUACAUACAUGAUGAGAGAGAGAGAGAAAGAGAGAGAGAGAGAGAGAGAGAG